ACUGAUUGAUAAAGAUAUUGAUUAUCAGCUUCGUCCUGUGACUGAUUGAUAAAGAUAUUGAUUAUCAGCUUCGUCCUGUGACUGAUUGAUGAGGAUAUUGAUUAUCAGCUUCGUCCUGUGUCCCCUGAUGAAGGCUGACAGGAAACAGUUAAUGGAUCCUGCAGUUUCCUGUUAUUCACUGAAUGUGUGACGUCGCUCUGCAUCACAGCCAGAGGAGCUGAUGCUGAGGAGGAAAUAUAGGACAACAGGAGGAGGAAGAGGGGGAGGACGAGGUCUGCAGAGAACUCCACAAAGACACACAGCAGCAGCAUCUCAGCAUCAGGCUCCAGGAGGAUGAAGCAGCUGCAGCGGCUCCGUCUGUCCGGAGCUUGAAGAGCCUCUCUGGGCUCCGUCUGCCUCACCCUCCCCCCUCCUCACCACUCUCAUCCUCCGUCUCUCUGCAGCAGCGUCUCCCCCAUCGACCCCCAAAAUGGACAGCUUCCGCCUGCCGCCCGUCAUAGAGGAGGUCCUGGAUGCGUCCGAUGAGCUGUGUGAGCUGAAGGCAGAGAAGCCGAUCAUGUUGGCUGAAACUCUGACGGCCAAAGAGAGAGAGUCCCUGGAGGAGAAGGAGGAGCCGGUGGGAGACGGAGAGAAAGGCCAGCAGGAGGAAGAGAAGGAGGUGACGGAGGAGAAGGAGAAGGAAGAGGAAGAGGAGGAAGAGGAAGAAGAAGAGGAACAAGGAGGAGUGAAGGAUGAAGAGGAGGAGCUGGAGGAGCUGAGAGCUCAGGUGUUACAGCUGCUGCUGGAGCUGGAAGAGACCAGAGAGGUUUCCCAGAGACACGAGGAGGGUUUCCUCGAGCUGCAGGGUCUGUUAGAAGAUGAGCGGCUGGCGAGCGCUCACCAGGCCGAGAGUUUCACCAGACAGAUCCAGAGACUGCAAGCUCAGCUGCGGUCAGUGCAGGAGGAGAUGGACAGCCUGGAGGAGGAGAAGGAGAGCGAGCUGGAGGAGGUGCAGGAGGAGCUCCGUUCGGCCCAGGAGGAGGUGCUGGUGCUGCAGCAGGCGGCGGAGGAGGCGGCGGGCGAGAGGGAGAACGACAUCGCCUCCAUGCAGGAGGAGCUGUGUCGGCUGCGGGCCGAGCUGCAGCGCCUCCACGCCACGGCGCAGGAGUACGAGCUGGAAGUCACCUCCCUGAGAGCCGAGAUCAGCAUGAAGAGCCACAACGACCACAACGCUGCGGCCCACGCUGAUGUGAGUCAGCUGCAGGAGGAGCUGGUCUCUCUGAUGGAUGAGCGUCAGACUCUCUGCAGCCUCAACUCAGACCUGAGCAACAAAGUGGAGCAACUGCAGCAACGAGACACGUCUGAUGAUGUGUAUCUGGCAGUCAGAGCGGAGGGCGACACUGAGCGCGUGCAGGAGGUGAAGGCCGACUCUUACAUCAGCCUGUCUCAGUCCGGACCCCCCAAGGACCCGGACUCCUCGGUGGAUCCGGACUACUCGGUGGAUCCGGACUACUCGGUGGAUCCAGACUCCUCGGUGGUCCUGGAGGAGGAGGAGGUCUGCAGCGUCCUGAAGGUCCAGCUGAGAGAAGCUGAAGAGACGGCUCACAAAGUUCAGAGAGAGUGCGACGGGCUGAAGGACGACCUGCUGGAGCUGCAGCAGCUGUACGACAGCAGCCAGCGGGAGCGAGUGGAGCUGGAGCAGGAACUGCAGCGCUGCAAGUCCGAGCUACAGAAACUGAAGGCCAGGAAGUCACAGAACUGCACUCGUCCGUCUGAGCCCCCUGUUCUCUCCAUCCCCUUCAUAGGAAUGAUUGUAAUAGUGGCCUUGAUUUGGUGCUGGUGGGAGGAGCUGGCGUCCUAGAAGGGACCAGCAGAGCGACGCUGAAGGCUGGAACCUGGCGGUGGCAGCGGUUGCCGUGGCAGCCAUUGUAGUUCUGGUCGUCCCCAGCUUCACCAGGGCCUGAGGCUCGCACAGGAAGUGACCUCGCUGGGAAGCGUGGGAUUGUGGGAUUGCCGUCACCCAUCCAGCUGCCCUCAUACAUGUUGCUGUCCUGAUGUCCGCUUGUCGCAUCGCUCCGUUUAGUGGGACGGCGCCGCCGAGACGUUGUCACCCGAACGCCACAGACGUCAGUGAGUUCUGGAGGGAAAAGCAAUAAGAUUGUUGAAUUCACAAAGUAAAGACUCUUCCUGCAGGUCGUCACUGAGCAGCGCGUUGAUUUACUGAGCAAACAUCCACCAUCAUGAUCCAAGAGUCCAACUGGAAGCACUGCUUCUAAAAUAACAAACGGUCGCUGCCAGUACUCUGAUUCUUUACUUCAGUAACACCACGAGUACAAAUACUCAGUUACAUGUUAAAGUCCUGCAUUCAAACAGAAGAAUUAUCAGUCAAAUGUAUUUAAUAUAUCAAAACUUCUUCCAAUGCAGAACAGCCAUCGAGUCGUAUUGAGAACGUAAAUGUAGUUUAAUGUAUAAAAAUGUUACAUUUUAUUUUAUGUAAACUUAAAUGAAUGUAGUGGAUUUAAAUUGUUGGAUUAGAAGAAUGAAGUAGCAUAAAAUAUAAACGUUAAGUAUCUCCAGAUCAAAUUUAAAUAUCAUGGUUCUCUAAAUGUUCUUAUUUAUUUUCCUCUGCUGUUUACAGUAACUGUCGCCCUCUAGUGGCCAAUCACAGAACUGCAGACAACAAAAUGUUAAAAACAAAACACACAGAAAGAACAAAAGUACAUUUUUAUUUGUAUAAUCUGAGUUUUUCCUCAAUAGUUAAUAAUAACUAAUAAUGGUCAAGCAAAUGUGUUUUACAGAUUCAAAUUCCAGCAUGUCCAGUUUUUGGUCAAAGGUCCAACAUAAAAAUCGAUGAUAAUAUAAUAAAUAUAUAAAAAGUGUAGCAAAACCAGUUAUUUUGGACUUUUAAAGACCAAACAUUAAUGAGAAGUUUGCGUCCAGUAUUUGUUCUCCAGCUCCGGUUUGAUUGGACGGAGCUGUUGAUUCGCAGUGGGAUCAGUGGCUGUUUGACCUUAUCAGAAAUAUCAGUAAUCAAUACAAUCAGCUGCCGCAGUGUUUAUGGAUGAAGACCAGAGCUCGGGCUCAUGAUGGCCGGCGUUUGAGAAUCACCACAUUAGCUUUUUGCCAAAACAUGAAUCCUUUAGAGCUGCAACUUAAAAUUAGUUUUAUUAGUUUUACUAAUCACUUAACAAUUAGUUGAUUAAUCAUUUGGUCCAAAAACCAAAAGUUAUUCUAUUUACUAUUAUGGAGAAAAAAAUAAUAAUAAAUUAAUGACCCAAUAAAUAAAAAUGCCAUUAAAUGCACCAAAAAUAAGAUUAAAUAUAGGCAUUAAUUAAUUUCCCCAGAUGUAUUUAUUUCUGUGUCUUCUUUUUACUGACCAAUUAAAUAAAUACAGAAGCAAAUUAAACCAGAAAUAUCACUUUAUGUCACAUUUAUGAAUUAAUUAAUAUAUUAAUGGCUUUAUUUAUUAUUUUUGGUGCAUUUAAUGACAAUUAUUUAUUUACAGUGUAAUUUAUUUAUUUCAGAUUUUGGCAGUUUCAGUCCUCCAUAGAAGAUAUCACACAAAGAAAAGCAGCCAAUGUUUUGUAUUGAUAAUUAUAAUAUAUAUAUUAUUUAUAAGCACACAGUCGUUUCAGCUCUAAAAAUCUUUGCCUUAUUUUUGCGUACGGGAUUAAAAGGAUAUUUUGCACUUGGUUGAGACAACGGUAGCAGAUAACAUUUGAUUGUUUUCAUACAUUGACUCCUGCUUAAUGCUGUAUAUCAUUAUUAUUAUUAUUAUUAUUAUUAUUAUUAUUAUUAUUAUGUGUUUGUCCAAAGAUUAUAAUAUGUGGAUUAUUUAACAGACUUGUUUUGUAGCAUGAGAAAACUAUUUAGAAAAUGAUCAAUAAUCAUCUUUAUUUUUCCUACCUGUCCGUUUACAGAUAUUUGUAUGUUUAUAUUACCAAACCAAUCGUACAUCUACGGAAGUUAAAUAGCACUUUUUUAACCUUUGAAGAGGCAUUCGUUUCCGAUGAGAGAUUAUGUGUGUCGACUGAUUUCACUGUGCCACUUUUAAGCUCAGAUUGAACCAGAGUUGCUUUCAGUUUCAGAGUUUUUUGGUGAAAGCUGAAGUUCAUGUUGUAGAAAAUGUGUUUGGAAAAGAUGUUUUAUUUAAGAUCUGGAAGAUCAGCACGUUGUGAACAAGUAAAGCUUAAACAGCCCCAUUCAGACAGGAUUCAUAUAAAAAGCUCAUUGUUCCUGAAAAGGUCUAUUUAACAGUGAAUACAAGAGGACCGAGGAUAGAGCCCUGCAGAACUCCGUCACUAACUUUAAAUGAGACUGACGGAGCUCAAAUUAUUAUUAUUAUUAUUAAAGACCCCCAAAGCACACAAGCUAAUGCUAUUUGGUGGUCUCGGCAUUAAAAAGUUUGGGAGCCCUGAACUAAGUAGUCAUUAAUUAAUAUUAGUCCCUGAGAUUAUUAUUGUUAUUAUUAUUGAGUCUUCAUCAAGCGAGAGCUGUGUAUAAGAAAACAGUGGUGGGGGCGAAUAUUUAUAAAUUAUUUUGUGUUUUAUUUAUGUAAAUAGCGAAUUGCAGAGGACUGGGAAUGGAGCCCUGUGGGACACCUUCACUGCUGGUUUCUUGAUUUGGAGCCACUCAAUUUGCUGCUUGAGUUCUACUUUAAAUGUAUUCAUUAAUCAUUAACUAGACAGUAAAUAGCUCUAAAAGUAUGAAUUAUUCUUCUGAAUAAAAUAAGAAAUAGAGAGAUAAAUCCUGUCCGAAUGAGGCUGCAGAGAAACCGAUCUGUAUUCAUCAAAACUCACCAAACAAAGAUGUCUCACAUAUUAUUUUAUUGUGACGGGUCAGAAUGAACACUUUUUCUUUUGUUCAUAUUUUAUAUAUUUCAGUCGUCUUUUUUGCACAUAAACAAGUUUCAGUUUGUAAUGGAUCCUGAUAGAAACCCGAUCCAUGUUUACAUUUACGUGGUGACCAAAUAAUGAGAAAAUAUAAUCAAUAACUGUGAUCCAGUUUCGUUUGGAAUCAGGUUAUUUCGUUGAUUUGUGGUUUGUGACGUGACUGCAUGUGAUCUUUACCAAAUAUUAACAAAAUAAAAGACAUUCCAGUUUAAA